AUGGGAUCCUUAGACGUUGAGAACACCUACGAUGUCCUCAUUGUCGGGGCUGGACUCUCCGGUGUCUGCAGUCUCUAUCACAUUCGUGAACGCUUCCCAUCAUGGAGUAUCAAAGUCAUAGAAGCUGCCGGCGACGUGGGGGGCGUCUGGCAUUGGAAUCGUUACCCUGGGUGCAGACUUGAUACGGAAUCUCUUUCCUAUGGAUACUCCUUCGACAAAGACUUUCUGCAGCAAUGGAAGUGGAAGGACACAUUCUCUUCGCAGGCAGAGAUGCAAGAAUAUAUCCAGAGCAUUGCCAAGAAACACGACUUGUACAAGGAUAUUCAGUUCAACACGCGCAUCGCUUCAGCAUCAUGGCAUGACGAAGACCACACAUGGACUUUUUUGGAUGAUGCGGGAAAUCGCCACAAGACCCGCUUCUUCGUGAGCUGCCUCGGUUUUCUCUCCGCUCCUACCUGGCCGGCCAUCCCUGGGCUCGAGGAGUUUCAAGGGCAAGCCUACCACACGUCCCGCUGGCCGAAGGAAUUUGACAUCAAGCGCGAUCUAAAGGGAAAACGCGUUGGUGUAAUUGGCACUGGCGCAACUGGUAUCCAGACCAUUACAGCUAUAUCUAAGGAGCCAGGUAUUCAGUCUCUUACCGUCUUUCAACGAACGGCAAAUUGGUCUGGUCCCCUGCGCAACGCCGAGAUCACUUCCGAGGAAAUGGAGAAAUAUAGCAGCCAGUAUAAUGAAAUUUUCGACAGAUGUGCUCAGACAUCUUCAGGAUUUCUACAUCAAGCUGAUCCUCGCAAAACCGUUAAUGUUAGCCAAGAUGAGCGCCUGGCACUUUACGAAAAGCUCUACGCAGAGCCAGGGUUUGGAAAGUGGCUGGGCGUGUUCAGCGAUACCUAUACUGAUCGCGACGCCAAUCGCUUGUAUUCGGAAUUUAUGGCAGGGAAGAUCAGGGAACAAGUUCAGGAUCCGGAGACGGCCGAAAACCUCAUUCCCACCCAUGGAUAUGGAACUCGACGAGUACCGCUUAACAGUGGCUACUUCGACGCGUUUAAUAAGUCACAUGUCCACUUGGUCAACUUGCGCAAAACGCCCAUUGAGCGCGUCAACGCAAGAGGCAUCAUCACUUCAGACGGAAAGCAACACGACCUGGAUGUUCUCGUCUGCGCGACCGGCUUUGAUGCCGUCACGGGUGCUUUUAACGCGAUCGAUUGGCAGGCCAAAGAUGGCCGACCACUCAUCGCCACCACUGAGACCAAAGAGGGGAGGCGUGCCAUCUGGCCAGACCACAAGCCGCAUACGUUCCUCGGAGUAACGGUACCCGCCUUGCCAAACACAUUCCUGGUCCUAGGCCCACACCAACCUUUCGGUAACGCCACGCGAAGUAUCGAGCAUGUUGUUGGCUUUGUUACAGAUGCUUUGCAGUACUGUCAUGACAAGGGCUACACCUAUUUCGAGGCGACCAAGGAGGCUGCAGAUGACUGGACGGACCACGUCGUGGAGUGCAGCAAGACGGGGACGCUCGUCAAUGAAGUUGAUAGCUGGAUGACUGGUGUGAACACAAACGUGAAGGGAAAGCAAGUAAGGAGUGUUGCGAGAUACUCGGGCAGCGUCAUCGAGUAUCGCAGGCGCACUGAGGAAUGUAAACAGUCUGGCUACAAGGGCUUGAACUUUGCGUAA